CAGUUUCAGUACCAGCUGCAGUGAAAACUAUAAAGAUGGCAUGCCUAACAAAGUCGCAUGAAUUGUAACUUCGUUUGGUUAAAGUAUGUUGUCCUUUUAAGGACAACGAGCAAUCUACAAGAGCAUAAAAUGAGCACGAGUAUCACGAAAUUGCAGCUUGUUUAAUGAAUCAGCUGAACACGUUUGGAAGUCGGAUAAUUUUCAAAGUGGGACCUUGAGACUAGAACAUGGAAACGCGCGGAGAUAUCGACCGUGCACUUGCUCUGAAAGAUCACCAUGCGAACAAAAUAUUUCUUUUGAAAGGUGGAAUCUUCCUGGGCACUGUUGCCACAGCAGGAAUGCUAGCUGGCUUUGGUACAACACUUGCAGUAGCUAAAAAGAAGAACCCCAACUGGUUUAGCAAGGGUAUUACUGCUACAGCAGCUGUUCCAGAGACGGGAGCUGCAUUAGCUUUAAGAGCUCUAGGCUGGGGGUCCCUCUAUGCCUGGUGUGGAGUUGGCCUUAUUAGUUUUGCUGUCUGGAAGGCUUUAGGUGUUCACAGUCUCAAAGAAUUUGGAGAAAAACUACAGUCAAUCUUCCCAGCAAUUCCAAGGAACACAGAACUACAAGCAAACAGUGAACCAUUCAGCUGGGAAAACAUUUUCAAAUCAAAGUGACGGGUAUUCACUGACCAUGAUAGUGACUUUGACUUGGACUUUUGUCAGCUAAACUAGACAUACUGUAUUUAAAAUGCUUCAGCCUGUUGGAGGGAUAACUUUUAAAGCAUAGUACUGCUCACUUUAAGGCCAUUUUUGAUUAAAUAAAAUGCUUUCAAAAUGUUAAUAUGUGUUACCAUAAAUCCCAAUAACAGUUUUAAUGCCUUUGCAAUGAGCAGUUAACAUAAAUAUGCUUGCCCGUUGAUGAUGGAUUUAUCAUAAACGGGAUAACACAUAUUGCAAACGACCACUUCUGUUGCAUCCAGUUUGGAGAUUUUCUUCUAGCGUUUUUUUUUUCUUCUAGAAUGAAGGAAAUUAAAUUACAUGAAUUAACUGUAGUGUGUCUGUAUUAUUAGUUGUAAAUUUGUGUGCAAAGCCCAGAUCUCUUUUUAUGACUGUUUCAGCCAAAGAUAAUUUCUGUGAUUUCUUUAUAAUAUCCCUUUCGGCAGUCAGUCUUUGAUAAUUGGCAUAAUUCUGUGAUUUGCAAGUAAACAUGAUCUCUGAAAUAAUAAUUUUGCACAUUUAGAAUGUCAAGGUGUAUAUCCGCUACUGACAAAUGAAAACAAUACACUGUACCACUGGUGCAUUUCUCAAAAUUUUGUUUAAUUUUGAGUCACAUGCUGAAGAUUUCAAUAAAGAGACUCUUACAAAUAAUGAGAAGCACUGUUUGCAGUAGUCACUAACAAGGAAUGGCCAGAAAAUGCAUCAAAAGAAAAAGCACAGAGUACAACAGAACAAUUUAAUCUGUGAUUUAGUUGAGACAUUAAUUAGGCAACAUAAGCAUGCAAUAAAUGGAUAUGCAAAUUAAACAUCUAGGCAUCUUUGAAAGAAAUAUUUACCACAGAUUUCUGACUUUCACAAAACCAAAAGAACAUUUGAUCACAAAAACUCACAUUGCACCUGUUGUCUGUGAUCAAUCCAUCUAUUGAUAUGGAGUCUUUUACUGCCUGGACACUAUAAACCUCUGUUAAUUAUUCAUUGGAUGUAGAACAAAUUCAUUUAAGGUUAUAUAUAAUGAAUUUUAGCCAUAGAUUACAGUAUUAAAACUUUUGUUUGCAUUCAUACACAGGUAUAUUUCCAAACAGUAGGUUCUGCUUAGAAAGCAGCGACAGUAGACCUGACAAUUAUUAUAUGAGAUAUUAAUUUUUUAGGUGUUGACAAGUUUGUUACCAUCAUAAAGAACCUUUUCAAGAAAUGCUAUAGUAGACAAAUUUGACAAAGUGAACAAAUAUUGAUAAACCCCAGACUGUCAAGUUUGUUCAAAUAUGAACCAAGAAGGUAACCGUGUCAUGCCCAUCAUUUUUACUGCUUUAACAUGGUCAGUAACAGCAUUAAGGGUUUCUUACAAAAUUACAUUUAAAUACAUUUUUUUCCUGUUUACUUGUUAACAUAAAAUAUAUUAAUCUUAUUAUUUCAAAGAUUACAGUGUGCAAAAUAAAGAUUACUUUAGACAGCUGUAAUACAUAUAUUUGAAGUUAUUUAUUUAGUAAAUUCAUAUUUUAUAUAUAAUGGCAAAAUGUCAAGUAAAUAUUCUGUGACAGAAAAAUUGAUUGAUGAUUGUUUAUCUAAAAGUGGGAAAAUGUUUCUCAGUGCAUCCAAUAGGUUAUAGCUUAUAAGGUGACAUGUUUCUCAGCAUGUGGAAAUUGGAGACACCACCUAAACUUUAUUAUAAUUUAUAUGCAACACUUCCAUGGAAACUGUAGAAAGCAUACUCAGUUAUUAUUUUUGUGAUCUGUCAGCUUGAAACCAUGAUUCAUUCAAUUGAAUAUUUUUCCUGAACACUUACAUCACACAUUGGAUCUCAAUAAACAAUUGUCUGUGAUUA